AUGCAGGGUCAUCGGUCAGAGAUUCGCCAAAGUGCGGUAUCAGACUGUGAGGAAUCACUUACGAACCCCAGUGCCGGCCACAAAACCAUUGAGGCUAUUCUACCAGUCUUAAAUAAAUGGCUAGAGAGACGGCAUGGUACGCUUACCUUCCGGCUGACGCAGGUGCUCUCGGGACAUGGUUGUUUCGGGAAGUACCUGUGUCGAAUAGCCGGAGGAGAGCCCACGGCGAAAUGCCACCAUUGCAUGUGUCUCGAGGAUACUCCUCGGCACACAGUCGAGGAAUGCCCAGCGUGGGCGGAACCGCGACAUGACUUGGUGGCAGCAGUAGGCAGCGACCUCUCCCUCCCGUCUUUAGUGCGUGCUAUGGUCGGCAGUGACAGGUUGUGGGAAGCGGUGGUGUCCUUCUGCGAAACAGUAUAG